CUGUGCGCAGAAAGUCUGGAGGCACUUUCACGCUCAAUCGCCAGCGGCACUUCCCUCGACGAUCGAUGGCGUCGUCCGCGUUGACGCCGGCCGUGCAUCAUCCUCGCGCAUCGCAGCUGACGUGGGCUCACUCGUGCUGUUCCUGCGCACGCCUCGAGCGUGCGCUCUCCUCGCCACACAUCACAGCCAUCGAGUCGGACAUCAUCAUGGCAGCCGGCCGGCCCGUGAUGGCACAUCCGCCGGCGCGCAGCUCGGAUCUGACCUUCGAGGCGUUCCUCGACGCUUGCAUCGCGGACGGCCACCGCCACCUGAAGCUGGACUUCAAGGUUUGGGCUGCGGUCGAGCCGUGCCUGGAGUUGCUGGCGGCGCGCAAGCUGCAGCUGCUCUCAAACGGGCAGGCCGUUUGGCUCAACGCCGACAUUGUGCCCGGCCCAAACAGCCGGAAGCGGGUCGCGAUCCCGGCCGACUCGUUCCUGCCGCUCUGCCGGGCGCCCCUGCUCGGGUGGCGCCCCGGCUGCCUCCGCCACGCGCCCUCACCACGCGCCCGUGCCCGUGCCCCCGCAGCAGCACUGCCCGUGGGCCCUCCUCUCGCUCGGCUGGGCUGUCCGACCCCUCGGGCCGGACGAGGCGUACACCGCCGAGGAUGUCCACGCCAUGGAGGAGCUCUGUGCCCGCCACAGCCUGCCGGGCGAGCAGGUCGUCUUCUCGGCCUCGUUCCGCUUCGCCGAGCAGGAUCUCGACGAGGUGGCCUACCUGCUGCGGCGCGUGCCUGGCGCGCAGCUCCUCCUCUGGACGGGGACCGGCGAGGUGCUCUCACAAGACUGCUCGCAAGACAUGCUCACAGACAGCUCCCGCCCCUGCCGCUGCUCCCCGCCCCUCACAACAUGGCGACGGCGCGGCACCGUCAGGUGCCGAUCCUCGACUCGUCCCUCUCUCUGAUGCGAGACACGCUGCAAGAGGCUGGCGUCGGGGACCGCUGCGGCUUCGACGUCGCCCUCGCCGCGACCGCGUCGCAGCGUGCGCAGGCGAGCGUGGUCGACUGCUCCUUUUGGCUCUCCCGCGUGGUGCGAGUGAUGCCCCGCAGGCUGGCGGGGCUGGGCCGCCGGCUCUGCUGCUGCAUGCGCGAGUCCGUGAGCAGCAGGACUGGGGAGAUGGAGCCGCUGGUGGAGAUCGAGAUUGUGCCAGACAGGUGAAAGUGAGUGGCGGGUCGGGGGCGUGUGAGUCGGGGAGGUCCGUGCGAUAUGUCGCCCCGCCCUAACGGGCGCGGCGGCGGGGAGAUGGGGAGGGCGGGGCGUGGAGCUUCGACUGUCCCCCCUAGAAUGGCUCUACUAAAGCCUUGUUGAAUAU